AUGAGUUUUGACACAUCGGAUGCUGAAAAUACCGACAAUAUGGUAGCGCAGCUGAAGAACUUGACCUAUGUGAAUGCCGGGCCUGAUCCAGUGAAGCAGGUGGCGUAUUAUUUCAAACAGUGUGUGGCUGCCAGUAUGAAUUGGACUAAUGUGGUCAAAAGUGGAAGUAUGGUAAAGUCUGCGAUCGAUAAGAUGGCAGCAGGAGAGUCUAAGUACGAGAACGAGACACAGUUUCCGUUUUACAUGUUCGACCAGAAGGCAAGCGUGAAACCGUUCCCUGACAGAGUCGGAUUGGGUUACCUUCUAGGCUACCCAGCAGGAGAGAAUGGAGCACCAAAUUUGGUGUCACCGUUUGUGGAUACUAAUUGGAAAGAUCCUCAUGGAACGGACGGCUAUGCAUUCUACAUCGAUCAACCAUCGACACUGUUACCGUACACAUAUCACGUGAAAGCAUGGAACACAUAUCAGACAAUAAUGUAUAACGACAUAAUUAAUAACAUGAACGCAUACGCCACUUCACAAGGAGUCAAACUCGACCAGGCAACACUGAGAGCUGACGCCUCGAGCAUCGUUAACCUCGACCAUCUUCUCGCAAUAACUUACAGUACCGACGAUACGACACGUAGACAGUCUGAUCGUAGUUAUAAUCCAAUGACUAUCAGCCAACUCACACAGACCUAUCCCAAAAUCAGUUGGCAUACGUUUAUUCCAGAAGCUGUUGGCCCGGCUCAGCAUGUACUGCAAAAACUACUCAUGGACCCCACAUACAAGUUUAUUGUGAUGGAGCCUGCUAAGCUACAGGCACUCCACGACGUGCUUGGCAAUGAAACUAGUAAGCGAUGA